GGAACAACAACAUCAUCUCACCUCCCUCCACUCUCCACCUGCACGCCGCGACCUGCCUUGGUAUGUAUCUUCACUAUUCCCUAGUGCUCACGCUAACUGGGGAUGGAUAUCUCCAGGGCUCACACUGUCUGUUCCCUUAUCUAUCUGGUACUACUGGUGAACUAUGGAUGCCCUACGUUUCUGCACCAGGUACCAGGUACAGACUACAGACUGGCUGAAGGGUCCCUGAUUCUGCAAUCGUAGUGUCCUAGCCACUAAUCAUCAUCAGGACAAUGGCGCGUUGAGGGGCUUACUUACUCCUGCCGGACGUUGUUAACUCGACCGACACAGGUCCACUCUAAUGCUCCGAUACGCACCGGGAGACUCCCAGGUAAACAGGUAGAGCAGAUAACAAUACAGCAGCCGCGACGGAUCGGGUUGGCCUUGUUGACCUUGCCUCCCCGAGGCUGGGAGAACAUGUCCAGCCCGGACUCCUAUUUUUCUGGAAGCCACAGCGCUGACAGGGAGUGGGUUAUGCAGCGGUGUGUGGUGUGGUGUGGGGCUAGCGUGGGCAUUCGACUAGGUCGGGUCCGGGUCGAAUCCGAGUCCCUAUUCGAAAAUAAUAAUGGCAUAUAAGACGUCAAAAAGACCCCCCCCUCCUAUUGAGAUUCGUUUGAGCUCAUCUCUAUCAUGGCUACCUAAUGAGUACUAUUAUUAUUAUCCUUCUUUCCUUCUUUCUAGCCUACCCUAAGAUGCUGCACCUGCGCUCGUUUACAGCAGCUGCAACUGCUCUCUCCCUCACUUUGCUUUUGGCCGCCGCUCCUACAUCGGCUGCUCCUACAACCGCGACUGUUCCCGUAUCUAGUUUAACCGAAGAAGUCGACGGGGAUUUUGCACUCGUUUACUAUGGUAAGGAGAAUGCAGAGCCCCUGCUUGUGGGCAAUGACGGGAGCGCGGCAACCGGCGGAUGGAGAUCCUGGAAUCUCGCCGCGGAUCCCGCCACAAAUACCCUGCCGCAGCUGGCAGCUAGUGCCCAUGGACGCACCAAGGCGAUAGGCCUGAUGUACGAUGUUGGGGGAAGAGACAUUGUUGUCUCUAUUGCUGCUACUGACUCCGUAUUGCGCGUUUAUGAGAUGUCGGACGCCGAGGAACGCCGCUCGAACCAGAAGGUGAUGUUGGGCGAUUGGUCUGCUCUCUGUCCAUGGCGCAGCCCCAAAACUGGGAAUCAGUACUUUUAUUUGUUUGGGAAGAAGCAGGCGGUGCAGUUCAUCGUCAGGAGGCAUGGGACCAAGUUUGAAAUUCUCGAGGUUCAAUCAUUCGACAUUCCCGUCGAGCCCAAUGCCUGUGCUGUUUCUCCCAGCGAAGGGACGGUCUACUUCUCAGCGGACGAUGAUAAGUCCGUCUAUACCUUCAAGGCGGAAGACUCAACGACUACUCCUGAAAUUACCGUUCUUGGAAAAGCUGAGGAUGACGUCACUGGACUGGCCAUAUACGUUACCGAAUCCUCCACAUACUUGUUUAUUGCUAGCGAGUAUACUAUUGGCAUUUACUCACCAAAGCUUGAGCUUCAGGGAACAGUGGAACUCACUGGCCUAGAGGACAUCGAGAUUGAGGGCUUGUCAAUUGGUCAGAAGAAAAGUACCAACUUCCCUGCUGGCUUGAUUAGCUAUGCUUUGGAGUCUGAAGCAGGGCAAUCAUUCGGUGUCAGCUCUUUGGAACCAGUAUUCAAGAAGUUGGGACUCAAGGCUAACACAAAGUAUGAUCCACGCCCACCAAAGGGUUUCCCGAACGGAGAUAAGAAGAACGGGUUUGACAACGGUGGUGGCUCACUUUCUUGUUUCGCGGGAUUCACCGGCAAAAAAUGCUUAGACUUUACUUGCGAAAACGGCUGCUCAAACCAAGGCAAAUGUGUUGGGCCCAACGUAUGCGAGUGCAACGAUUUCUGGGCUGGACCGGACUGUUCAUUCAUCAUCGUGGAACCUAAGUUCGAAACGGAUGCCAACGGUGGAGACGGAGAUGACCCAGCCAUUUGGAUCUCCCCGUAUUCUGCUAACGAGUCAACAAUUAUAACUACGACCAAGUCGUCCGAAGGGGCGGGAUUAGCCGUGUUUGAUCUCACAGGAAAGCUACUCCAAGUGAUGAAAGCAGGACAGCCUAACAAUGUCGACGUUAUCUAUGGGAUGAAUGCUGGUGACAGGACGAUCGAUCUCGCAUACGCAGCUUGCAGAGAAGAUCACACGUUGUGCCUAUUCGAAAUCACACGCGAAGGGCUCUUGAAGGACAUCCCCGGCGGCACACAGCCCACAAAGGACGGCUACAAGGUCUACGGCUCCUGCACCUACCGUUCCCCAAGCAGCGGCAAACAAUAUCUCUUCGUCAACUCCAAAUCAACUGAAUACCUCCAAUACGAGCUGUCCAUCUCGUCUAACGGCACCAUAUCUACAACUCUCGUCCGGAGUUUUACCGGCGGCUCCGGAGGCAAGACUGAAGGCUGCGUCGUGGACGAGGACGCUCGUGUGCUCUUUGUCGGUGAAGAACCAACCGGUGUAUGGCGCCACUAUGCCGAGCCUGAUGGCCGUAGCGAGGGUACGCUGGUCGCCAAAGUGGGGGAUGGAACGCUCUUCGCGGACGUCGAAGGCCUCACGCUUAUUCCCGGUAAGACCGCGUCGCAGGGUUUCCUAAUCGUGUCAUCCCAGAGUGUCAGCGGGUUCUCCGUCUUCCGCCGCGCCGCACCCCACGAGCACGUCGUCACAUUCACGAUUGGGGAAUCGGCCGAUGGGCUCAUUGACGCUGUCUCGAAUACGGAUGGCGUGGCAGCGGUAGGGACGCGGCUAUCAGAUGAUUUCCCCCACGGACUUAUCGUUGUACAUGAUGAUGCGAAUCAGCUACCUGCACCUGGUGGGACGGCGCCGUUGGCUAGCUUUAAGUUAGUGAGUUUGAAGGACGUUUUGGGGAAUGAGGCGUUGGCGGAUAUGAAGUUGUUGGAUGAGGUGGAUGACAAGUGGGGAUUGGAUAGGCUGCGGGGCCCCCAGUGCAAGAAGUGGAAGGGGCGUGUAUAAAUGUUGUGAAUAGGUUGGUUUUAUAGAUAUUUUUAGAGUAUUAUUAGAGAUAAUGUUGAUCCAAUUUUUUUUUU